CUCCAAUAUCCAUUACUCAAGAUGAUGAUUUUUUUAAUAUAUUAAAUUCUUCAGACGAAGAAUUUGAAACAGACAAUGAAUCUAUAUUUUCUAACAAUGAUGUUGAUUUUGAUGAAACAAUAUCAAAUUAUGAAACAAUUGAAGACUCUAAUUCUAAUAAAAAUAUUUCAAAAUACAACGAAUUAGAAGAUCAAAAUUCACUUAACAAAAAAUCAAAUGAAGAUUAUUUACACACCAAUUAUAAUCCUAUUGAUAUUGAUCACAAUCCUCCGAUUAUUAAUUCAAAUGAAGUAACAAAAUGGGAAUUACUUCGUUCUUUUAAUGAUGUGAAAUUUGCUGAUUUUCCCUCAACUCUAUACCGUGAUGAUCGAUUAAUUGGGAUUGAAAAU